UUUUUGUGAACUACUAGUAAAUUUCAAAAUUGGUUUCUCAGUUAUGGUAUUGAGUGUCGGAUACGAGUAUGCUUAAUUUUUUGAGUUUGUCCUUGCAUUAGGACAAUUAUACCCAGUAAUCAUGUCUGAAUGUGUACCUGAUAAGAUACUUUUAAGAGAUAUGAAGAGUCGGAGUGACGGAGUUUAUAAGGGAAGUGUUUUAGUAAUUGUAUUUGGCCUUAGUUGCUGUGGGAUGGUUGAUCAUUAUUUGAAUGGAACAAAAAUAAUCCGAGUUUGGUUCGGAAGGCCAAACUCGUUCAAGUAAAAUGACCCUUGAUUUUGUGUUUUAACUUCCUUUUCCCCGAGACGGUUGUUUGAAGAGUGCCCUCAUUGAACCUACAAGGGAAACGCAGGGAUAGGACUAACGUUUAUGGGUGCUGCUAAGCAUUACAGGCUUAUCAUCAAAAUGCCUGCUUCGAUGAGUCUCGAAAGAAGGAUUAUUCUUUGUGCAUUUGGGGCCAAACUGGUUCUCACUGAUCCUGCCAAGCGCAUGAAAGGGGCUGCACAGAAAGCAGAUGAGAUAUUGGCUAAGACACCUAAUGCAUACAUAUUCCAGCAGUUUGAAAACUCUGCCAACCCAAAGAUACACUACGAGACUACCGGACCAGAGUUAUGGAAAGGUUCGGGAGGUAAAAUCGAUGCACUUGUUUCAAGGAUAGGUACUGGUGGUACCAAACCAGGUGUAGGCAAAUAUCUGAAGGAGUAGAAUCCCAACAUAAAGGUCCACUUAAGAUCCAAGGAACAGGUGCUGGUUUCGUCCCAGGAGUUUUGAAUGUCAUCAUUGUACAGGAUGAAGAUAAAUCCGGGUUGUCGUCUCUCUUUGGGAUUGAUAUCAUCCAUGUCGUUUCUCCAUCUCAUCGGACACUGCCUGUUCUUGACACAAGAUCAAGGUUCCAUCUUUCAAGCUUAGCAGGAAUGCGAGCAACACAACCAUCCCUCAGUUUGUUCAGAUACACCA